CCCGCCGUAGAUACAAUGACAGAGAAUCAGCUGUAUCCCAUGUCAUCGGAGUUCUUUGACACCGGCUCGAACAGCAGCAACAACACACUCAAAUACGAUCUGUAUUCCCUGGGCUCCACCGUUGUGGGGGCGGCCCUGCCCACGUUGACCAUCAACACGGGCUACGGCAGUAGCAGCAUCAACAGCAACAAUAACAACACUAAUAACAACAAUAACAACAGCAGUAGUCACAGCAGCAGCAGCAACUGCUCCACCAGCACCACAAAUACCUGUAAUGUAAUGCUAAGUACAACGGCCAUAACAAUACCACGCAGCAGCAACCACAACCAGAUCCAUCAUCAUCCGUAUCAGCAGUCCGAUUUGCAGACACCGCGCCAUCACCCCAGUCCUCUACACACGUUGCCCAGCAUGACCCACCAGCAAAAUCAGCUUCAGCAGCAGCAGCAGCAACACCACAACCAACAGCAGCAGCUGCAGCAAUCGCAUUUGGCACUGGGAGAGCUUUCGGACUUUGGACUGGAUGCCCUGGAUGCCGCUUCGCUGUCGCCCACCCUGCUGCAGGAUGUGAGCCUGAGUGCCGUUUCUCCCCUAAGCACCACACUGUACAAUGGCAACACCAGUGGAGCAGGCAGCAGCAACGGAAUAGGAUCCGGCAGUGGUGGCUACUUCACGCCCGACAUGUCGCACAGCCUCAGCCUGAAUGUCAGUGAGCAGGUUCUGCUGCAGGAAGGAGCAACCCCGAAUGAGUUGCUCUACGAGAUGACACCCAACUCGAAUGCCAUGUGGAGUGAUAUCAGCAGUGCCAUUAUCCAUACCAAACACGAGCCAUUCAGUCUGGACGAUGACUACAUCUUUCCUAACGAUAAGGCCGAAAUUCAGGCGGCCGAUUUGUCUGACCUAAAUGGUGGCGAUUUUCUGGAUGUGAUCGGAAACAUAGAGGAUUUCUUGCCGCAGACCGCAGUCAGUCAAAGUGUCAAUUUCCUACUAUCGCCGCAAGCUCAGGGACAGGAUGCCCUGGUGGCACCGCCCAUGGAACUUUUGCAACUGCAACAACAGAAUAACCAGCAGCUGCAGGUUGGCAGCCUGCCGCAGUUGCAAACGCUGCUCACUCUAUCCCAGCAGCAGCAGUCGAACAGUUCCUCCACUAGUCCGUAUGAGAUCUAUCACAGUACGCCCCAAAAGCCGCAGCAGCAGCAGCUGUCCGCCAGCUUCUCGCCCGGCAGUCAGGCAUCCCAAUCGCCGCUGACCCCACCGCCGCCACCGCACGCCAAUCGACCCCAGUACCAGGUGGUUAAGUCGCGCAACAUGCAGGAAUUGAUCAAGAAGGGCUUUCCCAUGUCCUCGCCGCCAGAACGCUCGAUCCUAAGUCAGUCGGCCGCCUUGAGUCCGGGUGGCAGCAGUGGUUUUGGCAGCUCGGCUUCUGGCAACAGUACAACUACCAGUAAUCAGACAUCCGGAUCAGCCGUGCGCAAAUCGUUUGGCUACCAGAGCGCCGUGGAGAACUCCCAGCUGAGUCGCCUCAGCUCGUCGGCUCCGACGCACCUGGGAUUGGAGCACAUCUGGAUGCGACGGGAGCCACGACAGCAUUUACUCUCCACCGGCUCGCUGGCCGAGGCCGAGAGCUUCUCUUCGCUGAGCACGGGCAGUGUCUUGUCCCCGGAUGGCAUUGACUUCUCGCAGGACGAUGAGGAUGACAAUUCCAGUGAGAAUAGCGAUAACUACGACGAUUGUAGCAGCGACAAUGGACUCUCUGAGGAUGAAGAUGAAACGCGUACCUCGACACCAAACCAUUUGUCCAGUAGCAAGGGCAAAGAGCGAUUCUUCUGGCAGUACAAUGUUCAGGCCAAAGGACCCAAGGGAAAGAGACUGGUCUUUCAAUCGAAGCUCGAGGAUCCUCAUGUGCUGAACGAGGUGACAGACCCCGUCUUCAGUCCAACAUGCUCCGUGCGAGGCAUUAAGGUGUACAAGCACAGUGGCAAGGCCCGCAAGGGCGAUGGUAACGAUUUAACUCCCAACGCCAGGAAGCUGCACAAUAUUGGCAAGGAAUUGGACAAGCUAAGCCGCACCAUCAAUGACAUGACUCCUGUUUCCGAGCUGCCAUUCAAUGUGCGCCCCAAGUCGCGCAAGGAGAAGAACAAGCUGGCCUCACGCGCCUGUCGCCUGAAGAAGAAGGCGCAGCACGAGGCCAACAAAAUUAAGCUUUUCGGCCUUGAAAUUGAACACAAGCGCCUCAUGAAUGGUAUAGCCGAGCUAAAGCAGGCCUUGGUCGUCAAGCAUCGCACCAAGAACCUGGGCGAAUCCACCGAGGAGGUGGACCAACAAAUUGCACGCAUUUACGCUACCGCCUCGUCUGGAAUCCGCAUUGCGGGUGGUUCAACGGAUUUUGUGAACAAGGUGCUGGAGAAUAUGCGCGGCGGCAUGCCGAAUGGAGGCCUCGAGGAGCUGCGUAAAUCGUCGUAGACCAAACGAGGACAAAAAUGUAAAGCUAACGAACCGCCCAUCAAGCCAACUUUAUCCACACCACCAACAACUGAAACCCAUUCUGCGACAGGAUGACAAUUUGAUUUUGGAAUGGAAUCAGUCGAAAAACAGGAAACAUUUUCUUGAGCUCGGAAUUAGUUGAGAAAAUUCUUUAUUGAACCUCCUUCCCUCCUCAAAAACACAACGUUCUGUUAAAUUGUUCUACAUAAGUGAUAUAAUAUUGAUAACCAAGAUAUAACUGUGAUUCAAAGAGCCUGGGCUUUAUAUGUUUUGUAUGGCAGAAAAUUGAAGAAAAUAUUUUUUACUUUUUCGCGACCACGCCGAAACCGGAAAGCCAGAGCCAAACAAACGUAAACAAAAGAAAAACAAAAUUCCUUUUGAAAAUGCAACAUUAACAAAUAGAAAGAAACAAAACAAACACGUAAAGAAAGAGGCCACCACAAAACUGAAAAGAAAAUGUGAAAAAUACAAAAUUUCGUUUAGCCAUUAAGAUUGUUAAGAAACGGAGUGUUUAGACGAGCAAGUGAAUUUUGUAGGGCUUUGCUACCAGUUUUACCUGCUUAAUGAAUAAGGGUAAAACAUUCAUUUGAUUGGAUUGGAAGAAUAUAUCGGGAAUGCUAAGAAUUAUUGGAGUAUAAGUUAAAUACAACUGCGAUUUAUCUGUUUAAGUUUUAAAUGCUAUAUUAACGAUGUAUAACUUUGGUUCAAUGUUUUAGUCAUAGGUUUUUACAUUUAACUCAAUGUGGGGAGAGAGCUUUUAAAUAGAUCAUACGAACCUACAUAUUACAUUUAUCGGUUAUUAUAAUUGUUUUGGCCCUCAUCCAAUAUAUACAUAUUUUAUGGUCCUAGGUUGUCUUUUUUAAGUUUUCCAUUUUGUUAAAGAAAGUUCGAUUGUUUCCAAAUAAGAAUGUUUUGCGAAACUUUAUUAAUUUACUUAAAUGCUAUAACUAUCUAUACAUAUACAUAAACAUACAUACAUGCGUGGUGAUAUAAUUUUAAUUUUUCUUUUUAUGCUUUUAUUUCUUGAUGUUAACCGUAGGAUUUCAAUAUGCUUGAACUCUGCAACUGAGAAUGAAAUAAUUUUAAGUUUUUCUAUUAUCCAUACGAUUUGCUUAUGCUUAUGAAAUACCUUCAAUAUAAAUUAUAAUUUAUUAAUUUUUAGGCACACAUGAAAACAUUUUCAAGGCUUCAGUUUUUAUCUUUCACUUUCGGGCUACUCAAAAAACAAAAAAAAAAAAUAUAAGAAAAACACCAAACAAAAAAGUAAUACAACUUUGAGUUUUAUUCUAAUUUGCAUUAUCAAAAUGAAUACUUUUGCUCUGCUUCGAUGCUAAUUUUGUGAUAUUUGUAUUCAAAUUUUCUUUGUUGUGUAGUUCUUUGGGCGGGAUCCUCCUAUUUUGGGUUAUAAUUUCCAUUUACUAUUUGGUAGCCUUUUUUACUGCUAUUUGUUGCUUAACGUGUUGUGUUCAAUUGAUAUCAAAAGAAUUAACUAUCGAAAGAAAAAAGUACAUUCUAACUGAGGGAAAAGGGAAGAAAACGAGAAUGAGAACGAAAAUACAAAUUACAAAAGUGAUUCAAGUUAAAAACUUAGAACUUAGGCACUCGUAUCACCCACAGCGAUGAACACGUGGACAUAACAAAUUGUAGUUGUUAACAUAGGCUUAAACAAAUAUAAUAUAGAAACCCAUAUAGCGCACAUACAUUAUACAUCGACACGCAAAAUUGGCCAUCAGUUUAAACGGUUUUCAAAUUCAUGUCUUGGGAGCUAACUCAUUACAUAAGUGAUAAGAAUUCAAAAUUACAAUCUAGUACUUUAGAAACACAUCGGGCAAGCGGAUAUCCCACACACACACCCACAUCCACACACAAAGUACAAGCGCAAGCAGAAAUACAAAAUAUGUAUGAUCGAUCUAUGCAUAUAUCAUAAUUAAGUCAGGUUGCUUAGGUUUUAGGAUGGCUUUGUGUAAAAAGUACCGAGUAAAGCAAACAGAAUUCAAGGCGAAGCAGCAUUGAAAUAAGCACGACAGUUCCUCAGUGUUUAAUAUUGUAUAAUAAACAUAUUAAAUAUAUAUUUAAAACAAAACAUGUAUACCUAAAUGUUACGGAUAUUGUAAAUGUGUGUGCUUUAUAUAAAUGUGCUUCAGAGAAAACAACUUUUAUAUACAUAACGAAACUAAGCAAACUACCUCAAAACACGUUGGAAAUGAAGUUCAAGAUUCAUAUUCGAUGGAGAAGCAAAAGAAUUACAAUUUGAAAGUAAAUAUAAUUUAUAUAAUAAUAUGAAAAAAACCAAGAGCCUGAUUCAUGUGUCCAUUUAAAGCAUAUAUACAUAUAUAUAUCUAUAUUAAUAACAGUGCAUAAUUAUGUAUUUUCAAAUUCUUUAAAUUAGGUAUAAAACGAAAAAAAUUCAAAUUAGAUAGUGGAUGCACUCGAAAAAACCGCGAAGAUCAGACAACGAAAGUCCUCUUGGGCGAGUGCAUUACCAGAACCAAAAAUUAAAAAACGAAAUGAAAAGGUUUGAAAAGUCCAAGAUGGAACAAUUGAAACAAUACCAGAAUAUUAAAAAACAAUGAUGAAAAAAAAAACAACUGUGUUGAAAAUUAAAAAUUUUGUAUGCAUACGCAUUAAGCGAACAUUAAAAAGAUGUGAAAACAUAACUAUUAUGUCUAAAUAAACACACGUCAGAUGUAUGUACGUCAACGGAAAAACAUUGUCUAUAUAUUACAAUUACUAAAUACAUACCAAAUUGAAUACAUAUUGAUGAAAAAUAAUAAAUACUGGCGAAAGCAGAACAACGGAA